CGGAUAUAAAAUCUCACUUUGCUUUUUCUUUUUUCUCUUCAAUUUUACACAUUUCUACUCUCUCUAUACCCUCCUUUCUAAUCGAACAUGUCUGCCUUUAGGAGCAAAUACCAAGAUGAGCUCAUCGCUAACGCCGCUUAUUUUCGAACCCCUGGAAAGGGCAUCCUUGCCGCUGAUGAAACAAUUGACGAAAUGACAGACCGUUUCUCGGCCAUCAAUGUCGAGAAUGUUGAAUCAAACAGGCGUGCUCUGCGUGAGCUCCUCUUCACCACUCCGGGAGCCCUGCAAUACCUUAGUGGAAUUAUUCUAUUCGAGGAAACUCUGUACCAAAAGACCGCCGCUGGUAAGCCUUUCGUUGAAGUUUUGAAGGAAGGCGGCGUCCUUCCCGGAAUCGGGAUCGACAAGGGUCUCGUUGAGCUUCCGGGCACCAAUGGCGAGACCACAACCGAAGGUCUUGAUGACCUUGGCCAACGUUGCCGGAAAUACUACGAAGCCGGUGUUCGGUUUGCCAAGUGGCAAGUUGUGCUCAAGAUUGGCACCAAUGAGCCUUCUCAGUUGGCCAUCAACGAAAAUGCAAGUGUCCUAGCUCGUUACGCCGCCAUUUGCCAGGAGAAUCGUCUUGUUCCCGUUGUUGAGCCCGACAUCCUCCUCGAGGGGUCCCAUGACAUCGAGAAGUGCGCUGCGGCGAGCGAGCGCGUUCUCGCUGCCAUCUACAAGGCCUUGAACGACCACCAUGUCCUGCUUGAGGCAACCCUUCUGAAGCCCAGCAUGGUGACCCCAGGAUUAAAGGCCAAAAAGGUCGCACCCGAGGUGAUCGCCGAGUACACUGUCCGUGCCCUUCAGCGCACCGUGCCGGCGGCUGUUCCCGCCAUCUUGUUCCUGUCUGGUGGGCAAACCGAGGAGGAGUCUACCCGCAACCUCAACGCCAUAAACAAGGUCAAGGGAAAGAAGCCGUGGUUGCUUUCCUUCUCCUACGGACGGGCGCUCCAGAAGAGCACGCUCUUGGCAUGGGCAGGAAAGGAAGAAAAUAUUCGCAAGGCCCAGGCUGCUUUCCUCGCCAGGUGCAAGGCCAACUCGGAGGCGACCCUCGGAACUUACAAGUACUAAGGAAACUCGGGCUUUUGCAGUAGCUUCUUUCGUGUUUCUGUUUCGACUCGAGUAAAUUCAGAUAUGAGAAUAAGAAUGCCGUGUUUUAACUUAUAUGUCAUAGAAUCUUCUUCCUGAUCUCGAGUUGUAGAAGGAUAUUGUUGUUGGUGUUAAUAAGAUUGAGGUACCUUUUUUAUGGCGAGUUUGCCGAAUGGUAUUUUUAUUUUGGUUUGGAAACU